AUGCCUAGCAUUAGCGAUUGCAAAUGUGUCCUUGUCAUUGGAUCCACUUCAGGGAUAGGUCGUUCCCUUGCCCUUGCAAUCUUGGAUCUCCCUUCUAAGCCAACUGUCAUUGUUUGCGGGCGCCGCAAGGAAAGACUCGAAGAACUUGUUGCCGCUCAUCAUGCCACAGGACGACUCAAGAGUGUUACUCUUGACGUUCUGUCAGAGCGCGACGCUCUCAAAUCUUCUAUCGAGGAGAUCGUCAACACUUACCCAGACCUUGACGCUGUCUUGUUCUCGAGCGGCAUACAACGUGCCUUCGACUUUACAAAGCCAGAUACCAUUGAUCUCGACUCUCUCGAGUGUGAACUCGCCACCAAUUACACUUCAAUUGUGAGGAUGAUCACCUUCUUCCUUCCUCAUCUUAUCAAGCUUGGGCAAGGCCGUCCGACAUUCCUGUACCCAGUUUCCUCAGGAUUGUCCAUCUUCCCCGCUGCUGGAGUACCUGACUACUGCGCCACGAAAGCUGCCCUCCACAGCUUGAGUAUCUCACUUGCUGUUCAGCUCAAGAGAAAGAAUGUUCACGUGGUCGAGAUUAUUCCUCCAUUCGUCGAAUCGGAGUUGCACGGCUUCCAGGGCACAACGCAAGGACUACCUCGCUUCUGGCUUGCGCUUGAAGAAUACACGAAAGAGACGAUGGAGGGCCUUGUUCGAGGCGACCCGUAUGUUCCAGCGGGGACUGCUGUCGAGCGGUACAAAAAGUUCGAGGGUGGGAAGCUGGAGGCUGCAACAAAGUUAUAUGGGCAAUUCUGAUUCAGACAGAGAGAAAACGUUGUUAUUGUAACAGGGUCUCUAGAUUUUUUCGUUGCCAAGAGUAAGGUUGCAUCGUGCGUAGUCUAUAUUUAAGUAGCAGACCGAGUUAAUACUAUAAGCUUUGCCAAUAUGCCUUAUAGCUAUAACUGAAUUGGCAGGUACUGCCAUUACCAUUCUCGA